GCCCCGGGUCUAGGACCCCGGAGCCCCCAUCCCCGUCCGUGUCGACGUCCCGGGGCAGCGCUAGGAGGCAACCGUCCGGGGCCAGGCAUGGAGAGGAACAAGGUGUUCGUGGUGCUCGACGUGGUGUGCCUUGUGGUCGCCGCUCUGCCCUUUGCCAUCCUGACGCUGGUGAACUCUCCGUACAAGAGGGGCUUCUAUUGCAACGAUGACACCAUCCGAUACCCGUACCGCCCCGACACCAUCACCCAUGGCCUCCUGGCGGGUGUCACCAUUACUGUCAGCGUCCUCAUCGUCUCGACCGGAGAGGCCUACCUGGUCUACACCGAGCGCCUCUACUCCCGCUCAGACUUCAACAACUAUGUGGCUGCCCUCUAUAAGGUCCUGGGCACCUUCCUCUUUGGGGCAAGCGUGAGCCAGUCCCUGACUGACCUCGCCAAGUACAUGAUCGGCCGCCUUCGCCCCAACUUCCUCGCCGUCUGUGACCCCGACUGGACCCGAGUCAACUGCUCCGUCUACGUCCAGCCUGAGCUUGUGUGCCGGGGAAGCCCCAGGAAUGUCACUGAGUCCAGGCUGUCCUUCUACUCGGGCCACUCAUCCUUUGGCAUGUACUGCAUGGUCUUCCUUGCGCUGUAUGUCCAGGCCCGCCUGUGCUGGCGCUGGGCACGGCUCCUCAGGCCCACGGUCCAGUUCUUCCUGGUGGCCUUUGCCCUGUACGUGGGCUACACGCGUGUGGCCGACUACAAGCACCACUGGAGCGACGUGCUGACCGGUCUCCUGCAGGGAGCGCUCGUGGCCGGGCUCACGGUCCGCUACGUCUCGGACUUCUUCAAGGUUCGCCCCCCUCAGCCCAGCCCAAACGAGGAGCUGGAACGGAAGCCCAGCCUGGCCUUGGCCUUGACCCUCACUGAGGGCGACCGGAAUCAUUUCCCUUAUGCCAGUCCCUCCUGAGCGGCCUCCCAGCCCUCCCUCUCCUGGACGGACACUUCCCUGACCCUGCCUGGACCACCGUCGUCUCUUCCCUUCCUGCCUCCAGGCGAGGUCUUGCUGGUUGGGGGGAGCCACUCUAGGGAACUGCGCUUCAGGGGGUCUCAUCCCCUCUGCCUCCCUGGGGACGGUAGGAGCUAAAUGAAGAGCCUGGAGUAGAGGCUGGGAGCCAGGCUGGGGGAUCCUAGCUGUAGAAAUGCC